AUGCCCGGGGACAUGUCCGCGAAUCCUUGGCCUGGGGACGGCUCCUCACAACCGCCGCCGGCGCCGCAUCAAGAGGACCUCGAUCGUCAAUUAAUCCAGCAUCUGCUAGGUCGAUAUGGGCAUCGCGAAUUGAGUAGACUCAUUCGGGAUGAGGUUGGUCCUCAAUCCGAUGGAGCCUCCAUCAUUUCGAGCGCACCAAGCGUUGCUCCCUCCUCCGUGUUGUCGGAUGACGCUUCGAGCGUCUGGGAUACACAAAGCGUAAGAACGUUUUCGUCGGACACAUCGUCAAUCGCCGGCAGCAUACGGUCCAAUGUGUCCAAGGGCGCCAAGUUCUUCGCCCGCCGCACUGCUAGCAACACCACCAGUGCAACUGCUGCAGCUCAGGCCCAGACGCACUCGCAAAACGUUGCCCAGACUAAGCAGGAUCAUCACGAUGCUAUGCAGCAAUGGACCUCUGAUGGCAGCACCCCUCAAGCGACGCCAGCAAACGAAGGCAUUCCGACCAGUUCAACCUCAACCUCUUCGAAGCAAAAGGGUGCCUUCAUGUGUGGCUUCUGCAAGGAGGAGGAUAUCACCAAGACCUGUACCCGCAAGAACGAUCUCAAGCGUCACAUCGAGGACUUUCACAAUGUUAAUGCCCAAUGGUUCUGCCGUCACCGAGGAUGCCAGAUGGUCUUUGAUUGGCAGGCUGCCUACAAGACGCACUUGAAGACGGCGCAUGGAGGGUCUCGUAUGUCGCUUGACGAGGCCAAGGUGAACUUGUGCCAGCAGGUUGUCUUCGCCUGUGGUUUCGAAAAUUGCCCACAAGUGUACGAGGCACCGAACGACGAUGAUGCCGCAGCUGUUUUCAAGGACUACGUCAGCCACGUUGUCAAACAUUUUGACGAAGGAUCCAACAGCGGUGAGUGGACGUACUCGGCCAGGAUACGAAAUCUACUUCGACAGGCACAGGUCGCGCCCAUGUGGAAUGAUUCGGCGGCUUGGAAUGAAGGCGCGCAGAGCAAACUGGUUUGGAAUCCUCAGACCUCAGGCAUCCUACGCAAGAGGCUCGAGAGCCGACACAUUGGCGACAUCAAGCUCCUGAUCCAAUACGCCUACAUCCUUGGCACAGAUCCAAGCACGCAUCGCAAGUUUAGGGACGAUUUUGUGACCCCGGUGUCCGAUACUUGUCCCAGAACAUCCCUGGCCAUAAGCUCAAGUCACGGCAGCCCAGCAUCCCUGCCGUGCCGCAGGAAGAUCCCUUCUCGUUCCGUAUAUCGCGGGGCACAAAUCCAGCCUUGGCCCAUUACAUAG